GGGACGUGCCAGCAGCCGUGGCAGUGCAACUGCCGCGAGGGAUGGGGAGGCCUGUACUGCGACCAAGACCUGAACUACUGCACCAACCACAAGCCGUGCCAGAACGACGCUUCGUGCACCAACACCGGCGAGGGCAGCUACACCUGCACCUGCCGGCCCGGGUUCACCGGCAAAAACUGCGAGAUCGAGACCAACGAGUGCGACAGCAACCCCUGUAAGAACGGCGGCAGCUGCAAAGAUUUGGAGAACGACUACUCGUGCGAGUGCCCUCAGGGUUUCUACGGGAAGAACUGCGAGAUCAGCGCCAUGACGUGCGCCGACGGGCCGUGUUUUAACGGAGGAACCUGCGUGGAGAACGUCGGCGGCGGGUACAGCUGCCAAUGCCCGCCCGGCUACACCGGCUCCAACUGCGAGAAGAGGAUCGACAAGUGCAGCAGCAACCCCUGCGCUAACGGUAUGAAUCGUGCUAAUGGUUCUCCAGAGCUAAUGGUUCUCCAGAGCUAA